CGGGCGGCUGCAUCUCGUUGCUUGCGCGUCUGCUCAUUGCGCAUGCGCGUCAACAUGCGGCUCUCGUAAAGCAGGAACGGGAACGGCCUCGUGGAAAACGCAUCACGACAAAAGAAUCCAAGGAGGAGACGAUGACGUGACGGUACCGGCGAGUCCAAAGAGCAUCGGGUCCCGGUUCCCCUCUGCCGAAACCGAAGCCGCGUCGGGCGUCGGUCGGCCUGCCUGCCGCGCUCUUCUUUGUCAGCCGCUUCCGCCGCCGAGCCGAGCAUGCCGGAGCCGUGCGUGUCCGUGGCCGAGUUCGUGGGGGAGGUCCUGGAGGACUGGAGCUCGCCCACCACGUCGUCGUUCUCGUCCAAGAUGAGCGGCUGCCGGAGCACCGUGCACCUGCUGGAGGAGGCUCUGGACAGCGACCGCUUGUUACUGCAGAAGAUGAAAAAAGCAGCGAAAGCCAAAUACACGUCGGGACAAGCAGAGCACGUGUCCCACCUGGAGCAGUACAUCGCGUCCAUGGAGAAGCUGUCGAUCAACUGUCACUCCAACGGCGAGGCGGAGGUCGGCUCCGCCUUCUGCCGCCUGGCCGACUUCUCCAAGGAGCUGCUCUCGCCCAUGAAGAACCUGUUAAAGAGCAUGCUGCACAACAUCAACUUCUUCCUGGACUCGCUGGCGAAAGGCGACCUGCGAGAGGUGAAGGGGGAUCUGAAGAAGCCGUUCGACAGAGCGUGGCGAGACUACGAGAGCCGCUUCAAGCAGGUGGAGAAGGAGAAGCGCGAGCUGGCGCGUCAGCACGGGAUGGUGAGGAGCGAGGUGAGCGGCGGCGAGAUCGCCGAGGAGCUGGAGAAGGAGAGGCGGGCCUUCCAGCUCAGCAUGUGCGAGUAUCUGAUCAAGGUGAACGAGCUGAAGACCAAGAGAGGAGUGGACCUGCUGCAGAACCUCAUCAAACACUUCCACAGCCACAACAAUUUUGUGCAGGAGUGCGUGUCGACCACGCACAGGCUGAAGCAAUACACGAACGAGCUGAGUGGCGUCCUCACCUCGGUGAAACAGCGUCAGGAGGAGGAGAAACGUCAACUUGUGUCGCUCAGAGAUCAACUCAGGCCCGUUGUGCACGCCGAGCAGGAAAGUUCGCCAAAGUCGGUGUACAACAUGCAUCAGCUGCUGGGAGAUCAACAAUACGGAACGGAGAGAAGCGGAUUCCUUUACAAGAAGAGUGACGGCUUGAGGAAAAUGUGGCAGAAGAGGAAAUGUCGGGUUCGCAACGGUUACCUGACCAUCGCACACGCCACGCCCAACAAGUCUCCCGCCAGGCUCAACCUGCUCACCUGCCAGGUCAAGCCCGGCGCCGACGACAAGAAGUGCUUCGACCUCGUCUCUCGUACGCACGCGCUUUCUUAUCCCGAUGACAUUUUCGACGCUCACCUUCGGCGUUUUCAAGAUAAUCGCACGUAUCGCUUCCUGGCCGAGGAUGAAGCCGCGUGUGUGGCCUGGAUCUCGGUGCUUAGCAACAGCAAACAGGAAGCGCUGACGGCGGCGCUGGACGGCGACGGCGGCGGCGGCCUGGGGGACCUGACGAGGUCCAUCACGGACGACAUCAGGCGCGUGCCGGGAAACGACGGCUGCUGCGACUGCGGCGCUCCGGAUCCCGGCUGGGUGUCGACCAACCUGGGCAUCCUGACGUGCAUCGAGUGCUCCGGGGUGCACCGCGAGAUGGGCGUCCACGUCUCCAGGAUCCACUCGCUCAGCCUGGACAGCCUCGGAACCUCCGACCUGCUGUUGGCCAGGAACGUGGGCAACAGCGCUUUCAACGAGAUUCUGGAGGCCAACCUCCUGAAUUCCGCCACGAAGCCGUCGCAGCGCAGCCACAUGUCGGAGCGCAAGGCGUUCAUCCUGCGCAAGUAUCAGGACGCUCAGUUCGCGCGCCGUCGCAGCUUCGGCUCGGCGACGGCCGUCCGAGUCCUGCAGGAAGCCACCGAGAACGCCGACGUCCGCACGCUGGUGCAGCUGCACGCGCAGCGCACGCAACUCUGCCACGCGCUACACACGCACAUACAGGAGAAAGGGGAGACGGCCCUCCACCUGGCCGUCCUAUUGGCCGACAGGACGUCGCUGCACAUCCUCGACUUCCUCGCGCAGAAUUCCUCCAGCGUGGACGUGCAGACGGUGUGUGGGAACACGGCGUUACACUACAGUUGUCUGCACAACAAGAGCGACUGCGUCAAACUGCUGCUGAGGGCCAGAGCCCGCACCCACAUCAAGAACAAGUUAGGCGAGACGGCGUUGGACGUGAGCCGCAGGUUGAAGCACGGCCACUGUGAGGCGCUGCUGCAGCAGGCCCAGUCCAACCAUUUCGAGCUUCACGCGCACGUGGAGUACGAGUGGCGCCUUCGCCACGACGACGACGACGACGACGACAACAGCGACGACGACUUUGACCGCAAGAAUGGUCCCGUGAAGAAGGAGCGCUCCUCCUCCUCUUUCUCCUUCCCCUCGCGACCUUUCAACUUUGCCCUCGCCUCCUCGUCCUCGUCUUCCUCCGCCACGUGCCCGCCCGACGGCGGCGGCGGCGGCGGCAGGCUGCUCAGCGUGGGGCGGCGGCUGGCCACGGCCAUGGAGCACCGCGGUCGACCCCCCGCCCAGGCGCAGAGCCCCCCGCCCCCGCCACCCUCCUCGCCCGCGCCACCGCUGCCCCCCAGGGUCAAAGCUCCCGGCCUUCCUCCUCCUCCUCCUCCUCCUCCGGCGGGUGACGAAGAGGAGCGAGAGGGGGAGGAAGAGGAAGUCUUCCCCCUGACAGGAAACAGGAAGUGGACCCCUCCCGUCGCCGUCCGCCACAAAAGGAGCUGCUCCGAGUCCAGUAACCACGAUUAUGGGAUGGCAGGAAGUCACGUGAGGAUCUACGGCGGCCCCGACACCUCCUUCGAGAAGUGUGUCUUGUAUCCUUCCCUCCUACCGUCCUUCUCUCUAACGAGCAAUCUGCUUGCCCCCCGUGUGCGCAGCCCCUCCCCUCUCGACUCGUUGAGCGAACUUCCCGACCGAGCCUAUCGCAGGGCGGACAGCGACACCGGCGCCUGCCAAACGCAACGCGCCGUGAGACCCGCCCCCAACGGCUCGCCGGCCAAUCGGCGCUCGCAGAGCUUUGAGCGCGAAGGCCGAGGCCCCGCCCCCCAGCCGCUCCCCCGCAGGGCACUGCCUCAGGGUUUUCGGGGUUCCGCCAGGCGGGUCCGCGCCCUCUACGACUGUGAGGCGGACCACCACGACGAGCUGAGCUUCAGCGAGGGGCAAGUCAUCGUGGUCGUGGGACAGGAGGACCCCGACUGGUGGCAUGGUUACAUUGAAGAGGAACCGGAGCAGAGAGGCUUGUUUCCGUCUUCCUUUGUGCAGCCAACGUCCAACUGAUGUGACGAUUGUACCACGCUAGUACGGAACGACGACGACGACGACACACAAAACACAACCAGCUCAGGAGAACCGCUCUGCCACACAGAACAACGCUUCCAGCUGCCUUUAAAGACGCCUCAGCGGCCAAGUAGCACGUCACUUCCUGCCUUUCGCCACACACACACAUCGAUAGGACCACAAAACAUUGGGACAGUAAAGAAAAAUACAUUUAAAAAAAUGUACAAACAUCAAGGGAAAGGUUGACUUGAUUUCACUGUUGAGCCAGUGAAAGUACAAACUUGACCUCUUUAUUGGGGAAAAUAAAAACCCCCCAAAAACUUUGGGUGGGUAUUUCUUGUU